AACACACUGUAGUGUGUGUCCUUUUAUUUUUCUCUCUAACAAAAAACAAAAAAAAAAAAAAAAUGAUGGAAGUGGUGGUUAUGAUGAUGUCGGUAUUAGUAGUGGUGAUGUGCGGCGGGGUGGCGUACUUGGUGGCGAGAGGCGGGUACGAAACGGUGUCGUGUUACUGGAUAACACCGCGGCGGAUAAAGAGAAUAAUGGAGGAGCAAGGUGUGCGUGGGCCGAAACCCCGCUUUUUAGUCGGAAACAUUUUGGACAUGGCUACAUUGGUCGCUAAAUCCACCUCUCACGACAUGGAUUCCGUCAACCACGACGUCGUUUCCCGCCUCCUCCCCCACUUCGUCUCCUGGUCCCAAUCCUACGGAAAGAGGUUUAUUUAUUGGAAUGGAGUUGAGCCGAGGCUGUGCUUGACGGAGACGGAGCUGAUAAAGGAGCUUUUGUCAAAGCACAGCGCGAUUUCCGGCAAGUCGUGGAUGCAGCAGCAGGGGUCAAAGCAUUUCAUCGGACGUGGACUUUUGAUGGCUAACGGCGACGACUGGUAUCAUCAGAGACACAUCGUCGCUCCUGCAUUCAUGGGCGACAAGCUCAAGAGUUAUGCAGGGUACAUGGUGGAAUGCACGAGGCAGAUGAUGGAAUCUUUGGGGAAGGCGGUGGAGAAGGGGCAAACGGAGUUCGAGAUCGGAGAACACAUGACACGUUUGACGGCGGAUAUUAUUUCCAGGACUGAAUUUGAUUCUAAUUACGAAAAGGGGAAGCAGAUUUUCCAUCUCCUCACUCUUCUUCAGCAUCUCUGCGCACGUGCCACCCGCCAUUUAUGCUUCCCCGGCAGCAGGUUUUUGCCGAGCAAGUACAACAGAGAGAUAAAGUCGCUGAAAGGGGAGGUGGAGAGGCUGCUGAUGGAGAUAAUACAGAGCCGCCAGGACUGCGUUGAGAUCGGCCGGAGUAGCUCUUACGGCGACGAUUUGCUCGGAAUGCUGCUCAACGAAAUGCAGAAGAAGAAAUCCGGCGACGGCUUCAGCUUGAAUCUGCAGCUUAUUAUGGACGAGUGCAAGACUUUCUUCUUCGCCGGCCACGAAACCACCGCCCUCCUGCUCACGUGGACUGUCAUGCUCCUCGCCACCAAUCCCUCUUGGCAGGACAAAGUCAGGGCGGAGGUCAAACAACUUUGCGGCGGCGCUCCGCCUUCACCCGAUCACCUCUCCAAGCUCACUACGCUAAAUAUGGUGAUAAAUGAGUCGCUAAGGCUAUAUCCACCGGCUUCACUUCUUCCUCGAAUGGCAUUUGAGGAUUUUAAAUUGGGCGAUCUUCACAUUCCAAAGGGUCUCUCAAUAUGGAUACCGGUUCUCGCAAUUCACCACAACGAAGAAAUAUGGGGCAAAGACGUGAACGAGUUCAACCCGGAUCGAUUCGGAUCCAGAUCCUCCGGAUCGGGCCGACAUUUCAUACCGUUUGCAGCUGGCCCAAGGAACUGCGUGGGCCAGGCAUUCGCGCUCAUGGAAGCCAAAAUUAUCUUAGCCAUGUUGAUAUCGAAAUUCAGCUUCGAAAUCUCUGAAAAUUACCGUCAUGCCCCUGUGAUUGUCCUCACUAUGAAGCCCAAGUACGGAGUUCAAAUCAGAUUGAAACCGUUGGCAAAAUAAUCCAUGAUAAUUAAAAUUUUGGCGAAAA